GCGUUCCCGCCUUUCCUUGCAAAUUUGAAAUGGCCAGCAAGUGCAAUCGCUGCAUCCGCAACCUGAAACCCUAGAAAGAUCGAAGGCCAACGGCAGAACGUCGACGAUAUGCUGUCAAAAUCCGGGAUAUCCAACAAAAUUGGGGCACCCAAAUUUGAAAGCAUGUUGCCAAUGAACCUGCCGAUUGGGGACAAUGAUGACGACGAUUUCCAGAACCCGAUCGACGUCGCUUCAGUCACCCAGAAGUUCGUUCUGGCUUCCUGCAAAGCACCCACAAAUAUCUCUAGAAGAAAGACUAAGCCAGAUCGUCCACGAAAGAAACCGAAGGUGGCGGCAGGAAAGACCGACCAGUUUCGCCCCGGAGAACCCAAGCUUUCCGUUUCUGGUACAAAUGGCGGAUGCUUGGAAGAAGGUGGGCACGGGGAUUUCGUUCCUGGCACGCAGCUAAAUACUUUGAUUCAGCUGUGCAUUGAGUCGGAGGAGAGCAAUGGUUUGGUUGACGAUGCAAAGACAGUGGGAUCGUCCGAGGAGGACACAAAGCUGUUGCGGACAGUUGAAAGCGGGAAUUCUGACAUGAAGAGCUUGGAUGGGGAAACGGAAGAGAAAAUGCCAGCGGGAGCUGAAUUAGAGGAGAAGAUUGCUUGCCCAAUAUGUGGGGAAGACAUAACCAGCUUGAGCGACGAGUUGCGGUCGGUUCACUCAAACGAGUGCAUAGAGAAGCAAGAGGUCCCGGAGGUAAUAAAUCGAAGGGAUGAUAGAGAGAUGUCCUCUAAUCAUCACAUGGUUGAUGUCACCCCUGUACUUGAGUGGCUUAAAUCUUUGGAUCUGUCUAGAUAUGGAGACGCAUUUGCACGGGAGGAGAUAGAUUGGGACACGCUCCAGUGGUUGACUGAAGAGGAUUUACUCAGUUUGGGCAUAACAAAUCUGGGUCCAAGAAGGAAGAUCGUCAAUGCACUUAAUGAGUUGAGAAGGAAAGGCUUACCUGAUGUUGAUGCUAAGAAAGAAGAUAUACAUUGUCUAGAAGAAAAGCAGGUCAGUGUGCCAGGCAAUAAGUUGAUUACUGAAUUUUUUCGAGCCUCACCAAAUGUUCAGAGAAAGCAGCAAGAACCUGGCACAGUCUCAACCAAACAAAAAAUUCAAAGGGCUACUACAAGUUCUGCCACUAAAAGACGUAGGCAUGUUAAAAAACUUGGGCACUCAAAACUGAAAGAUGCGCCUACAUGGUGCUGUAUACCUGGAACACCAUUUCGAGUGGAUGCCUUCCAAUACCUAAGAGGGGAUUGUUCUGACUGGUUUCUUACCCACUUUCAUACUGACCAUUAUCAAGGACUCACCAGGGGCUUUUGUCAUGGGAAAAUAUAUUGCUCCUCAAUCACUGCACGCCUAGUGAAUAUGAAGAUUGGUGUUCCGUUGGAUAGAAUAGAAGGACUGCCCCUUAACAAAAAAAUUAAUAUUAAGGGGAUCAGUGUAACUUGCAUGGAUGCAAACCAUUGCCCUGGAUCAAUCAUUAUCCUUUUUGAACCCCCUAAUGGUAAGCCUGUUUUGCAUACAGGAGAUUUCCGGUAUUGUGAAGAAAUGACAAGUAAUCCAAUUUUGAGAUCAUGCUGUAUCCACACUCUUAUCCUUGAUACCACCUAUUGUAAUCCACAGUAUGACUUCCCAAAGCAGGAUGCAGUAAUUCAGUUCGUCAUAGAUGCUAUUCAAGCAGAAGCCUUCAAUCCAAAAACCCUUUUUCUUAUAGGCACAUAUACUAUUGGAAAGGAGAAGUUAUUCCUAGAAGUUGCUCGGAUUCUUCGUAAAAAGAUUUAUGUUGGUGCAGCGAAGCUUCAGUUGCUUGAAUGCUUGGAAUUGCCUGAGGAAGAUCGGAAAUGGUUUACAUCGAAUGAGCAAGAGUCCCAUAUUCAUGUAGUGCCCAUGUGGAUGCUUGCAAGUUUUAAGAGGAUGAAGUAUAUAUCCAAUCAGUACUCCGGAAUCUAUGAUGUUAUAGUUGCAUUCUCUCCUACUGGUUGGACAUUUGGGAAAGGAAAGAAAAAAUCUACUGGGAGAAGGUGGCAGCAGGGUACUGUCAUCAGGUAUGAAGUUCCAUACAGUGAACACUGCAGUUUCUCUGAGAUGAAGGAUUUUGUGCAAUCUUUAUCACCUGAAAAGAUUAUUCCAAGCGUUAACAAUGAUGGCCCUGAGUCGGAAGAAGCCAUGGUUGCACUGCUCAAGGCUUGAAUGAUAAUUCCUGCGAAACAUCGAGACUGGGAGGUGCCUAGCUUAGUAGAACGAUGGGGAACACGAAAGAUCAGAGUCUGCCCACCAGCACCAAGAAUCGCUGUUGGUAAAACCAAAUAGCAAGCCUGUUCAAGCUGCCCAAUUUUUCGUGCUGCUAAAUCAUGUAUAGAGCUGUCCAAGUUGCACUAUUCCGGUCACUUCUUUGCUAUAUACUUUUGAAGAGUUGAAUACCACUCUUAUGUACGUUACAUGGUAAUGUUGGGAUAGAAAUUUUUCUGGGCUACGUGAUGCAUGUUCACCAUA